GCUACACGUUUUAUCUAUUCCUAUAUAUUGAAAUUAGGCUUUGCAGGUGAAUAUUCAACAGUGAGCUUAGAUCUAUCAAGAGAUUCUUAAUUAGGGUUUGCAUGAAAUUUGAUUAUGGUUUCUCGUGUGGUUUGAAUUGAGAUCUAGCCUUAGUCCUUUGAGGGCAAAUUAAGCUUCUAGCUUGGGAGGUAUUCACCAUAAAUGACAAUAGGGUUUGACAGUUUCUUGAGUGAUUUUCUCGCCGGCCAAGUGAUUUUCCGGCAGGAUUUGCUGCCUUUUGUUGUUGAUACACAAUCUUCGCCAUCCCCGGAAUCUGGAGGAGGGUAGCCAUUGCCCAUUUCUUUUCGCAUACAUCACCAAAUUUUGUGAAAGGCAGAAACAAAAUCUCCUAUAGUCAUUAUGGACCCGCACAACACCACCAAUGAGAUAGCGCUACAGGUUCGCCAAGAAACUAAUAGAGUUGGAGGAUCAGAAGCUGUGAACAGAGACUGGCAUGGGAAUGAAGAGAAGAAGAAGAAGAAGAUGAUGGGUGCUUUUCAAUUUCAAGGCUUCAUCACUGGAAAUGCCACAGGAGGGUGGAAAUCAGCUAGUCUCCUACUGGCAAAUCAAGGCCUAGCAACACUAGCUUUCUUUGGAGUUGGAGUGAACUUGGUUUUGUUCUUAACCAGAGUUCUUUCUCAAGACAAUGCAAAUGCUGCCAACAGUGUCAGCAAGUGGACUGGAACUGUAUAUUUAUGCUCAUUGAUUGGAGCAUUUCUCAGUGAUUCCUACUGGGGUCGAUACUUGACUUGUGCCAUCUUUCAAGUCAUCUUAGUGCUGGGUUUGUUGCUAUUAUCGCUAUCAUCCUGGCUUUUCUUGAUUGAACCCAAGGGCUGUGGUGAUAGAACCACGCUGUGCUCGCCAUCUUCUUCUGUAGGACUCGGCGUUUUCUACUCCUCCAUAUAUUUAGUGGCCUUUGGUUAUGGCGGGCACCAACCCACGCUAGCCACCCUUGGAGCAGAUCAAUUCGAUGAGACAAACCCUAGAGAAAUGAACUCCAAGACAGUUUUCUUCAGCUAUUUCUACUUUGCACUUAACUUGGGGUCUCUCUUUUCCAACACCAUUUUGGUCUAUUUUGAGGAUUCUGGGAAAUGGACACUAGGGUUCCUGGUGUCAACAGGUUCAGCUAUUAUUGCCCUAGUAAUAUUCUUGUGUGGCUCAUCGGGUUAUCGGCAUAUUAAACCGUGUGGCAACCCUUUGCCCCGAGUUGCUCAGGUAUUCGUCGCUGCCUUCCGCAAAUGGGAUGUCGUUGUUCCUGAAAAUGGUGAUGGUUUGUAUGAGCUAGAAGGAUCAGAAUCUGCCAUCAAAGGUAGUAGGAAGAUUCUUCACAGCAAUGAGAUUGAGUUCCUAGACAAGGCCGCCACGAUGAUAGAGGCCGAUAUGGUGGACCCUAAUCCAUGGAGACUUUGCACUGUGACUCAAGUUGAAGAAGCCAAAUGUGUUAUAAAAAUGUUGCCAAUAUGGCUAUGCACCAUCAUAUACUCUGUUAUCUUCACUCAAAUGGCUUCCCUAUUUGUCGAGCAAGGAGAUGUGAUGAACAGAAAGAUCGGCAACUUCGAGAUUCCAGCUGCCAGCAUGUCAGCAUUUGACAUAUUCAGUGUGCUUCUUUGCACUGGAAUUUACCGCCAAAUCUUGGUGCCCAUCUCCGGAAAAUUAACUGGAAACCCUAAGGGCAUGAGUGAGCUUCAACGAAUGGGUAUCGGGCUCAUCAUUGGUAUAGCAGCAAUGAUAGCUGCUGGUUUAACGGAGCUCGGGAGGCUCCGUAGGGUUUCCCCCAAUGAAGAGGCUAGCUCUUUAAGCAUAUUUUGGCAAACUCCACAGUAUGUUCUUGUAGGCGCUUCUGAAGUUUUCAUGUAUGUAGGGCAGCUGGAGUUCUUCAAUGGGCAAGCCCCAGAUGGGAUAAAAAGCCUUGGAAGCUCUUUGUGCAUGGCUUCCAUCUCUCUAGGCAAUUAUGUGAGUAGUUUGCUGGUUAAUAUUGUGAUGGGGGUCACAACUAGAGGUGACAACCCUGGUUGGAUCCCGGAAGACCUAAAUACCGGUCAUCUGGACCGGUUUUACUUCCUUAUCGCCGUGCUAACUGUGAUCGAUUUUGUGAUUUACGUGUUCUGCGCGAAGUGGUAUAAGUCCAUCAACCUUGAGAGCUUUGAAAAGGAAAAGGAUCAGGAGGAUGGGCAUGCAGUAGAUGAAGGAAAAAGUUUAGCUCCACUAGUCUAGAGCCACCAAAAAUUCAAUAUUGUAGGUUUGCAUUUUGAUAUUUUCGUUUUCCUUCUCUGUAUUGGGAGAUUUUCACAAUCAUGCAUGCAUUGUCCUGGAUAAGGAAGCAUUGCUCUAGUUUUUGGGGUAUGGAGAUAUGUACAUAAGUAAAAUUGUUGCUAGCUUCUUUGUAUUUAUGGGUUUGCUGAUAUUAUGAAGUU